AUGCGUCUUAAAAUGACACGCGGAAGUCGAACCUCUCGAAGAUCUACGGCGAUCGGUAAACAAUUCCAGCAGAAUGAUAGCGAGGAUGAAGCUUCUGUUCGCACUGUGGAGAGCGAUAAUUACGUGAAACACGGUAGCACGCUGUCACAGAAACGAUGGACCAGCUCGGAAGAGUCGAGACAAGAGUCGAACCGAUCUUACGAACGAAAAAUCAAAACAAGUUUUCCUCGGAGACAAAAUGACACUGAAAACACGGAGACCGAAUCACCGGAUGCUAAAAGCAAUAAUAAAUCACGCAAAGCCGAAUUAUACUCGACUCGUGCAGAAAAAAUGCGUUAUUCAGACAUUCACGCGAGCGAAGAAAGAAUCGCGUCGGGAUCUCUUGGGAGAAAGAGGAAACGUAGUAAACGGACUGAAAGACGAAAGCUUGAAGCACGGCCUCGCACGGCAGAGGCCUUUCACGAUCACGAUCGAGCAGAUAUCGGGUUAUCUGUGAAACGCUAUAGUGACAGGGAAGGUAGCGUCACUGAUAAAUCGCAGAGAAGAAAGAGGCGUGUUUCCCGAGAAGACGACGAAGUGCCCAUCACCGAGAUCUUGAAAAAGGCUCAAGAAAAUGCGCGCACAAAAUACGAAGAACCUGUGCCGCUUCCGGAAUUGACUACAGACACAAUUUAUAUUCAAGGCAGAAGCGGCUUUAGCGCCGUGAAAAUUGGCGGAUCGAGACGUGCUUUGAGAAAUGAUACGACACGUGCAACAAAAGGUAGAGAAGGCUGCGAUUCUGCAGAGACUCGAACCUAUACGCUCAUAAAGGUAGCAAUCACUGCGCAGAAAUUUUGGAAAUGUACAGGGCUCGUCUAUCAGGGUCUCUUGGGCGGUAUGGCAUUUCUGCAUUUCAUAAUGAUUCAUGUCUUUUUUAACACUUCGAUGGAAUUCAUAUCAAAUUACUCGAUUUUCUCCGAAAUAUAUGCGAAUAUAUUCUCAUUCUUAAUCGCUCUUUGCAUCAUCUCCAUCUUCGAUAAAUUCGAUCUAGCGCGACUUGAUACGGAUCACUUGCGCGAGAUUUACACAGAUCACGCGAAAACUGCGAUCGCCAUUCCGCUUUAUCUGGUAACGUUUGGACUUCAUCAAGCAUCGUCAAAGAUGGACGAUCAGUUAGCUCUAAUACAUUAUCAAAGCAAUGAAACAUGGUCAAAUAAUACAACGCAGGAGACUUUUCUGGAGGAGCUGAACGAUUGGCAGAAGGUAAUGAUAUCAAAGGACCUUCUUGCGAUUUUCGCUUGGCUAUUCGUCGCUCUUGGAACGAGGGACAACAUGCUAUUGACGCAUCUCGAAUCGAUGGUGCAAUACGCGAGCAACGUGGAAUCCCCGAGAUGACAUUCGAAGAAUGACUUUCACUGUCGAAUGAAACAAAUGUGUACGAAGUUCUUCCACGCGAAUGUGCAAACUGAAUACUAUAAAGUAUUGAAGACAGGAAUAUUUUAGAGAAUAAUUAUUCACUCUUCUUUACGUAAAAAUACUCACCGAUGCAUGUCGACUCGAUCUUAUCCAAACAUAACGAGUCACGUCGAAAUGAUGUUAAAAUGACUUGUAUACUGUUUGGAUAUUUCAGGUACAAAGGAUACGCUAUAAACAUUUUGAGGGACCAAUGCUCCAAAGGAAAGCAAAUACGAUUUAAACAUUUAUUUGUAACAGAAUAGCGUUUGAUAUGUACAAUAUGUAUAAAGUUCGCCUAGACACUAAUCGAUAAUACAUGUAUACAUAAUAGCAAAGAGAGGACAAUAAUAUUAAGGUUAAAACCCGCUAAACAGAAAAUAACAGUAACGUUACAUCAAUAUUAUUAUAAUUUCCCUCUCAACAAUAUAAGUGUAAAAUGAUUCAUAUUUUACAGAUUGCAUCAACAUAUUGUGGUCAGUAUGUUAAAUUUCCUUCUCUAGCAGGCAAGCGUAGUCGAUCAAUUACAUUUAUAAAAUCGGUUGAUGAAUAUGUUGAUGUAACACCUAAUACAUAACAAUUACAUUACUGAAUAGGCAAUUAUAACAUUGAUGUAAUAUUUAAUCUAUGUUCUGUUAGUCUGUGUUCAGCGGAGAUAACAUAUGAUGCAAUGGUACAGUAGUAAAAUAUGUUUGGACUUUUUUGAGCGCGAGAACAUCGGUGGAAUCUGCAAUUGCAAGAUUGUGAUCGUCAACGAUCGGCCGUUGUGAUCGCGAAAUAAAUUGCGUAUCAAAAUUCAUACCGUGGGAUACAAUGGAGGGGAGGGGGGG